AUGGGUCUUUUUCUCAGUCGAAUAUCUGAUGCUUUUGCUGCAUUUAGUACAACAAGACCUGCUCGAAUUUUAAUGCUUGGUCUUGAUGCAGCUGGUAAAACAACAAUUCUGUAUAAAGUGAAACUCGAUGAAAAUAUUCAAACAAUUCCUACAAUCGGUUUUAAUGUCGAAACAGUUAGUCCAUGUCGUGGUGUAUCAUUUACUGUAUGGGAUGUUGGUGGUCAAGAAAAAAUCCGUAGUCUUUGGCAUCAUUACUUUCAAGGAACAGAAGGUCUUAUAUUCGUUGUUGAUAGUAAUGAUCCAGAACGAAUAAACGAAGCACGAGAAGAACUUCAAGGUAUUCUUAAAUUUCCUGGCAUGUCCAAUGUACCUAUUGUUAUUAUUGCUAAUAAACAAGAUCUUCCUAAUGCAAUGAAACCAUCAGAAAUCAUUGAUAAAUUAGGUAUGAAUGAACUUCGUGAUAAACACAAAUGGUAUGUUCAAUCUGCCUGUGCUAUUACGGGUGAUGGUCUCAUUGACGCCAUGCUCGAAAUGGCUAAUCUCGUUAAACAAUAUCGCAAAGAAAACAAAUAA